AUGCUAUCCUACGAUCUCAACGAACGUUUGCUGAGCGCCGUUCAUAGCGGCGACUUUGGCCAGGCCCUCAACUGUAUCAUCGAAGGUGCCCAGGCCACCUAUGUAUCCUCCACUUGUGGUCGCACUGCGGUCGGCACAGCUGCUCUGCUUGGUGACGCCGAGCUCCUUGAACUCCUGGUGCAAUCCUGCGAAGAGCCGCAGCUGAAUCUCUUCCAGCCAUCUCACACCGAUACGUUGGAGAUGGAGAGCACACCAGAUGGCAUGGAGAAACUGGAAUGGGUUGAUGAAUUUGAGAGCGAGGAGAACGACUCGGAGAAUUCAAAUGGCGGUGGCGAAGAUUCGCAACUAUAUCAUUACUAUGCCAAGACCUUUGAAAAUACCGGUGAAUUCUUGACGCAAUGCUGUCCCAAUUGCCGCCAACAGGAUCCACAUCUCUAUGACUCGGAUUUGGCGACGCCACUUCAUUAUGCCGCCGCCUGGGGUCACGCCGAGUGUGUGGCUCUGCUACUCAAGCAUCAGGCACCGAUCAAUGUGGUCAACAGCGAAGGCUACUCGCCACUUCACGUUGGCGCCGGCUUCGCGGAGGUUACGCGACUGCUGAUCAAGCAUGGCGCCCUGGUCAAUGCCAAGACACUAAGUGAUGGCAAGACGGCGCUCCAUUUGGCCAUCGAGAAUCGCUGCAGUGCCGCAGCACAGCUGUUGCUGCAAACGAACAUCAAUAUCAACGAGACCGAUGACGAAGGUGAAACGCCGCUAAUGAUGUCAAUUAUCUGCAAUCUUCAGGAGCUCGCAGUGGAGUUAAUCAAGCGAGGAGCGCGCAUCAAUCUGCAGGAUAAGCGCGGCAGCACAGCUCUCUACUUCGCAGCCAUCGGACGCCAUUUACAGUUGGCGCAGCUGCUGCUGGAACGUGGCGCCCGACGACUGCCCUCGCAUCAUCUGUUGCAUCAUUGUGUGGGGCCACGCAGCGUGGAUCUGGCAAUGAUCAAGCUGCUGCUGGAGCAUGGCGAUAGCCUGAGCCUACGUGACGACGACAACUGCACACCCAUCAUGCUGGCCAUACAUCGCCAGCUGCCCAAGCUGCUGGCUUAUAUGUUGGAAGAGGCUGACAAGCAACGUAGUCUGGGACUUUACACGGAGGCGCAGGACGAAGGACUGCUGUUGUUUGCUGUCCAGCAGAUCGAUGACAUUACACAGUUCAGCAGCAUUUUGCGUGUACUGCUCGCCAAGCUGCCCAGCGCUAGACGCGAUCUCUACAGCUGCAAGGCGCCGCCCACGCUGGUCUGUGGCUUCGUCUACAGCGAAACACCGUUGGCGCGCGCCAUCAGCUUGCAUAAGCUGGACAUGGCGCAAUUGUUGCUACGCGAAGGCUGCCACCUCUCACAGAUCUGCGCAGAACAAGUGAUUAACGAGCUGAGCUCGCUGGGCACGCCACAGGCAUUUGGGUUGGCUCAGCUGCUGGCAAAUGCCGGUCUGAAGUUUCCUCAGUCAGCCACAAAUUAUCGACAACUCAGCUCGGAGCCGCGUUCGCUCCAAUCGCUGUCGCGUCAAGUGAUACGCCAGCAACUGUUGCUGCCGUUGCAACAGCAACAAUCGUCACUCCAUCAGCUCUGUCCGCCCACAGAUCAGAGUUCCACGCUCGCCCGCAUCGUCGAGGAGAAACUGUGCAUGCCCGCAACGUUAAAGCGAUAUGUGAGCGAGUUCUCGGAGGUGCCGACAAUACGAAGCAGGCAAUUGCCGUUGAAUCCGAUGUUGCGUUCAAUAGAGUCCUGGGAUUAA